AAGGAGAGGAGGGAAAAAGAAACCAUAGACGUCUACCUCGGCCUAGAGCGGCCCUUACAGUGCUGGGGGAAAGGAGGGCGGGCGGGGACCACCCCAGAACAGGCCGCCGGCGGUAUCAUGGCGACCCGGAACCCCCCUCCCCAAGACUAUGAAAGUGAUGACGACUCUUACGAAGUGUUGGAUUUAACUGAGUAUGCAAGAAGACACCACUGGUGGAAUCGAGUGUUUGGCCACAGCUCGGGACCUAUGGUAGAAAAAUACUCAGUAGCUACCCAGAUUGUAAUGGGUGGCGUGACUGGCUGGUGUGCAGGAUUUUUGUUCCAGAAAGUUGGAAAACUUGCAGCAACUGCAGUGGGUGGUGGUUUUCUUCUCCUUCAGAUCGCCAGUCACAGUGGCUAUGUGCAGAUUGACUGGAAGAGAGUUGAAAAAGAUGUCAACAAAGCAAAAAGACAGAUUAAGAAACGAGCAAAUAAAGCAGCACCUGAAAUCAACAAUAUAAUCGAAGAAGCAACCGAAUUUAUCAAACAGAACAUUGUGAUAUCCAGUGGCUUUGUGGGAGGCUUUUUGCUAGGCCUUGCCUCUUAAGGACAUGAAGGUUCUACCACAGUGGAUUCAAAUGUGAGAAGAGAAGUGGAGGCGACGGGAUGCUCUCUCAAAGUACGUGCUGCCACAGUCUCCCAGGCAAGGAGAACCAACUAGCUGGACAAAACUGAACUCACAACUUAGCAUCUUGCCAUCUGAAGCUUGACAAACUAGUAUCUGCUGUAAAACAACCUAUGUGGUAUGUGAAUAAUAGUAUUCCUGAGCAAGACAUGGCUUUCAUUACUUUUUAAAAAUUUGUGUCUCUUUAGAAACUAGCCUAUAAAAUAUCACCAUUACAUGUAGAUUUGAAGAGAAAAAAGAAUCUGUUGGACUUGUUGCCCAGUGUUAGCCUCUGUUUAAAUAAGGUGUUAUUCAUUGUGCUUUACAGUAUAGUACUGAUAAUUAAAAUUGUAUUAUAGCUUCAAUAGUAAGGCUUUUCGUUUUUAAAGAUAUCCUUGCAAUAAACUGAAGAACCACAAUGCCCUUGUGUGGAAGGCUUUAGAAAUAAUAGAAUUAUUAAAGAUGUUAAAUAGAUUCUGCUGAUGGAAUCAAAAACCAAUUUUUAGGUUUUUUUUGCAAUUCUUAACUUUGCUUAUUUAAUAACUGUACAUUUCAAAGAAGGCUCUUCUAAGGAAAGGUAAAACAUGGUCUAAAGCUCUUUGUCCUUUUUUGAUGUCUGUCAUUUUUAAAAUAUCUUCUUGUGUGUCAGCUUCUAAUUUGUUUUAUUUGUCUACAGCCUGAGUCAGACUCAUUAGUUUGAGGGUACAUAUAGUUGGGCCAUUGGUUUAGACUAUUAACUUUGAAAACACCUCCAUUUUCAUUCUGAAAAUCCUAAUUAGUUUGGCCCCUUCACCAAGAGGUAAAAAUCACUUUAAAAGAUUUAGUAGUGUAGUAUGAAUUUACUUUCUUAAGAACUUUAAUUUUCUGCAUUAACCAUGGCAUUGUAGGAGAAUUGUCUCCUUGAUCUAGUCUGAGAUGUAACUACCAAGGCUUUCAGGCUUUUGGUAGCAUUAUGUUACUUGAACACUAGACCAGUUUACUUGUUUCUCAGGGCCAAUGUCACACUCUCUAAAAGGUUCCUUUGCCCAAAAAAAGCUUUCUGGAUUUUAGUUUUGUCCACAUAGUUCUAGGUUGAAAUUAGGGAAGAAGGUAGAGAGCAAUGUAAAUUGGAGUCUUUAGACUGAAAAGAGACUUGGCAGGUAUUCAGACCAUGUACUUGUCAUAGGGAAUUCCCUAGUCUCUUUUGUGUAUUGUAAACAUACAACAUUUCAUACUUUCUCAUUAUCACGAGACUCCUUAAAAUUAAAUGUGAACUCAAAUUUAUUUAUUUAUUCUCAUUAGUGCCUCAGAUACAAUGCUGAAUAAAUCUCAGACUUUCUUAAUAUGAAGUGCUUUUGCUUAUAAAUACUUGUUGGUUCUUCUUCAAGGCUAUCUCUUUCUAGUUUGCUAAGCUUUUCUUGGCUGUGGAUGAAAAGGGACAAAUAUUCACGAGUCUGGUCAAGUCACUUUAGGUAGAACCUUUACCAUGCUUCUGUGCACCACACCUGUCUGAUGUGAUACAGUGAAGCAGGCUACAAUGGAAAGCUCUUAUAGCUGGCUCAGUUUGUUCAGUUUGAAAAUGCUCAUGUGUGUUCUGCGCAUGAUUCACUCAGAAAGGGUGUGAGGGGGUACAACAUGUCUGCCCUCAAGCUUUCAAUUGAAUAGAUAUCCAGAUAUUCUUAUGAAGAAUUUUGUAAUAAUACUAGAAUAUGAGGACCUGACAAGUGAGGGGUACCUGGAAAGAUAGGUACUUUGAGAGUCCUUAUAUAGAAAUGAAAACUUUGAGAGAUAGCACUUUAUUUAUUUAUUUUGCUAUUGUAACUUCUUUUUAGAAUAUUUACAAGAAUAGUCACUCUUUUGUUUUAGCCUUAAGUCAAUAAAAAGUUUUAUUUGAAAAACAGACUUGGGGCUAGCACUGUGGCGUAGUAGGCUAAGCCUCUGCCUGCAGUGCUGAUUCAUGUCCGAGCUGCUCCUCUUCCAAUCCAGCUCUCCUUAUGGCCCGGGAAGGCAGUAGAAGAUGGCCCAAGUGCUUGGGCCCCUGCACCGGCAUGGGAGACCCAGAAGAAACUCCUGGCUCCUGGCUUUGGCCUGCCCUAGCCCUGGCCAUUGUGGCCAUUUGGGGAGUGAGCCAGCAGAUGGAAGCCUUUUCACUUGCUUGCUCUCUCUUUCUCUAUCUCUCUGUAGUUCUACCUUUCAAAUAAGUAAAUAAAUCUUAAAAAAAGGACUUUUCUAGCUAUUGCAAAUGGAAUCUACUCAAAUUGGAUUUUGACUGUUUUUUCCUUUUUACAUUUUUCUCAAGCACUCAGUGAAUAAUGUAUCAUCAAACUUAAAGAGAGUGUCCAAACAGAAUUUCUCUCUUGCCAAGGCAAAUAAUCAAUCAGUUCUCUAGCCAGUGGGAUUAGAGCAUGUCAGUGAGACAAUAGCAAGAACCUUGGCUGCGUUGUACAUCUCACAAGAAAUGAAUUCAUCUGCCGAAUCAUUUGAUUCAGAAAACUUCUUUAGUAGAACAUGAUCACAGCAUCAGAAUGUGUUACUUUGGCAAGAAAGAAAUGAGCUUUACUUUUUUUUUUUUUUUAAAGAUUUAUUUAUUUAUUUGAAAGAGUUACACAGAGAGAGAAGGAGAGGCAGAGAGACAGAGAGAGAGGUCUUCCAUCUGCUGGUUCAUUCCCCAAUUGGCUGCAGUGGCUGGAGCUGUGCCGAUCUGAGUUAGGAGCCAGGAGCUUCUUCCAGGUCUCCCACGUGGGUGCAAGGGCCCAAGGACUUAGGUCAUCUUCUGCUGUUUACCCAGGCCAUAGCGGAGAGCUGGAUUGGAAGAGGAACAGCCGGGACUUGAACUGGUGCCCAUAUGAGAUGCUGGCACUGCAGGCGGCAGCUUUACCCGCUAUUCCACAGCACCAGCCCCUGUUUGCUGUUAACAGCAGUAAACCAUUUUCCUGUUAGUCACUAUGAUAUCUUUCAGGUGAUAUUUUCUCUCUGGGUUAAACAUAGAUCUAAAAUAUUAUCAGAACUAACCACAAAAGGUAUCAAAUGAGCUCUCUGAUCCAAGCCAUUGAUCAGUAAAUAACUGGAAGCCCAAGAAUUUGCUACUUUUCAACAAAGUCAUAUAUUAGUCAUGUGAAUUAUUUCAUCUUACACCCUAAUAAAAGGAUUACCAAGUAAGGUCUGAAGAAUGAUGACUUGGGCUGACACUGUUGCUCAGCAGGUUAAAAUCCUGGUCUACAGUGCUAGCAUCCCAUAUUGGUGCCAGUGUGAGUUCUGGCUACUCUACUUACAAUCCUGCUCCCUGCUAAUGUACCUGGGAAAGCAGGGAAGGAUGGCCUAAGUCCUUGGGUCCUUGCACCACCUUGGAGACCUGGAAAAAGCUCCUGGCUCCUGGCUUUGGCCUCACCUAGCCCUGGCUGUUGCAGCAUAUUGGGAGUAACCAGAAGAUGGAAGACCGCUCUCGCUCUCGCUCUUGCUCUUUCUCUUUCUCCCUCUCUCUGUAACUCUGUCUUUCAAAUAAAUAAAAUAAUCUUUCUUAAAGAA